CUGUAGUCCGCGUAGGUACGUUGUUUUCGUUUGGAAGUCGGACGCGCGUGAACAGCUUAUACUUCACCUGUACAUAGGCAUCGUGAUGAAGAACAUUGCUAAAAACAAUCGGGCGUAUGUUAUUGCGAAUCUGUCAACGAAUCACGAGGGAAACGCGACGCUGGCCUGCGAACUAAUCGAAACAGCAUGCAAAUGUGGCGCAGAUUAUGUAUUGAUGGAACUCGAUGAAAAUACUAAUCCAUUUACAUGCGAAGAUAUCAAACACUUUCAUAAGUUAGCUCAAGAUAAUGGAGCUGUUUUCACAACAAAAUCGUUAGUGAAUUCAAUUCGUCAAAUUUCUCCUAUACAACAGUUUAAGAAUAUAAAUAAUGACGAGGACGAAAUUAGUAGUGAAUUGCAACUAGCGUUUCCUUCGAUUCCAGAAAAGGAUAUUUCUGAAGACCGUAAAUCAUAUGAAACUGUUGAUCUGGUCGAAAAAAUACAACAAAAAUUCCCCAAACAUGAACUUCAGUUUUGGGAAUUUCAAGAAAUAAGCACGUGUCUUCCGGAAGUGGUUAUUGCUAUCGGAAUAAAAGCGAUAUCUUGCAAGUUUACGUUGGACGACAAAUCUAUCGGAUACGAUCACGCGAUGUCUAUCUCAACUCGUGACUUCCGUACUAUGGUGACCAAUAUUAGGACAGUUGAAGUUGCACUAGGAACAGGGAAAAAAGACAAACUAUCUCCAUCUGAAUUGCCGUGUUUUAAAAAGUUAUUCAAAAGUAUUGUGGCUGCAAAAAAUUUAGAGCGUGGAUCCAUAUUAAAAGCGGAAGAUAUGAAAAUUAAAGUCAGUGACACUCAGAGUAUGUGUGGAUUUUACUUUCCAGUAGUAAUCGGUCGACAGUUAUUAUCUGAAGUCGAUGAAGACGAUCCAAUUUUUGUUUCCGAUUUUGAUGGACUGCAACAUUAUACGCAUUAUAUGCCGUUUGAUGAUCCAAUACCUGAGUAUACCGGAUUUAUACCUGAAAUUAAUCUAGGACGAUCCGUAAAUUUUAAAAGCCCGUGUUAUAUUAUCGCUGAAAUAGGACAAAAUCAUCAAGGUGAUAUAAUGAUGGCUAAAAAAUUAAUCAAAUUGGCUAAAAAAUGUGGUGCAGACUGUGUAAAAUUUCAAAAAAGUUGCAUAAAUGAAAAAUUUACGUUGUUGGCCAGGAAUAGAGAGUACAAUAGUAAAAAUUCUUUCGGCACGACAUACGGUGAACACAAACAUUUUUUAGAGUUCACUGAAGAUCAAUACAAGGAACUAAGGAGAUACGCUGUAAAAAAAGUCGGAAUUCAUUUCACUGCAUCGGCAAUGGACCCGGUUUCAUUUGAUUUCAUUGUUAGCCUCAAAGUGCCGUUCGUUAAAAUUGGUUCAGGUGAAUCCGGCAACGUGAUACUAUUGGAAAAGGCGGCCAAGGCUUAUGUUCCGCUGGUUAUAUCCACCGGCAUGCAGACACUGGCUGACAUACGAAUUACUUAUCAGACAGUUAGUAGCUACCAUAAUAAUUUCGUGUUAUUACAUUGCGUAUCCGCAUACCCGACACCGCCGGACGAGGCCAAUCUGAACAUGAUCAAGACACUUCGCAAAACUUUCCCAAACACGAUAAUUGGCUACUCUGGCCACGAAGUUGGCUCUUCUCUAACCGCUGCUUCAGUAGCACUCGGUGCCAAAGUUAUUGAAAGACAUAUCACAUUGGAUAGAAAUAUGAAAGGGUCAGAUCAUAUUUGUUCGUUAGACCCUUCGCAGUUCAGCAAACUCGUAAGAGACAUUCGUUAUAUCGAAAGCAAUUUAACUAUUUAAUAAUUUUAUUAUAAUAAUGCAUAUCUCAAUAUCUGUAUUACCUCAAAGUGUUCAUAUAAAAAUUUUAUUGGUAUUUAAAUAUUGUAUUUUAAUUUAAUUGUUUUUUAAAAAGUCAUGAAAUAUUAAUGUACACUGUAGUACUGUACAAUAUACCUAUUAUGUAGUAAACAUAAGAAAAUGUAAUUUUUUAAAUUAUAUAGGUAUGCAUAAUAAUGUAAUAUUAUAUAAGUAGGUUUAUGUUUAUACUAUAAUUAUUUUUUGAUCCAAACAUUCAUGUAGGUACAAUAACUUAGUAGAUAUUUUUGAGCACAUAAUAACACAUUUACAGAUCUUACUGUUUAUUGAAAUUAUAAGACUCAUAUGGUCUCCAAAUCCACAAUGCUCAAGCACUCAAUUUUAUCAUGUAAAAGUUUCUGUAAGUUUUAUGUAAACCAGAUCAUAUUAACAUUAGUCGAUAAAAAUUCAAAUAUCCUGACUAUAUAUAGGUACUUAAUACCUACUGUAUUUUAUUCGACUUAUUUAAACUUUUUAUUAGGUAAGUACUUUAUAAAAUCACAUCAUUACAUUUCGGUUACUUUAAAUUAUUUCUUGUACUUAAUUUUUCAAUGUUAAAAACUAAAAUAGCUAUUAUUUUUAAG